AUGAAGGAGCAAAAGGAAUACAGAAAGGAGCUCGAGAUUCUGAUGGGUUGUAAGCCGGGUGUUUUCGGGAAAUCAUGUGAUCGAUGUUUGCCGGGUUAUCAUCGUUUGGGACCGGAUGGAUGCACAAAGAAUCAGACACUUUUGCAUGAAAUUUUUGAACCAUCAUGGUCACCACCACCAGAUGGGCCACCACCAGAUGGGCCACCACCAGAUGGGCCACCACCAGAUGGGCCACCACCAGAUGGGCCACCACCAGAUGGGCCACCACCAGAUGGGCCACCACCAGAUGGGCCACCACCAGAUGGGCCACCACCAGAUGGGCCACCACCAGAUGGGCCACCACCAGAUGGGCCACCACCAGAUGGGCCACCACCAGAUGGGCCACCACCAGAUGGGCCACCACCAAAUGAAAGAGUGCAAUUUUUGGCCUACUCAACGACUCAC